AUGUCAUCACAUAUGCUGACUCGCGCUGAGGUUGCUAAACACGACACUGAAGAUUCACUCUGGUGCAUAAUCGAUCAUCGCGUCUACGAUCUGACAGACUUUGUUGAUGCUCAUCCGGGCGGGUCUGUUGUUCUUGCUCAGGUUGCUGGUCAAGAUGCUACAGCCGAUUUCUACAACUUGCAUCGCCAGGAAAUACUUGAGAAGUACCGUGAGCAGCUUUGUAUUGGGAUAAUCGAGGGCGAGAACCCUGAGGUCAUUGAUCCAACGCCCGGAGCGCUAAGUCCAGUUCCAUACGCUGAACCUCUAUGGUUACGCCCUCAGUUCAAGAGCCCGUAUUAUAAGGAAAGUCAUCGGAUUUUACAAAAAGCUAUUCGUGAAUUUACGGAUAAAUAUGUCACGCCUGAGGCUCAGGAGAAGGAGAAGGAUGGCACCUACAUUAGCCAGGAGCUGAUCAACCACAUGGCUGAGACAAAUGUGUUAGCCAUGCGUCUUGGACCUGGUAAGCAUCUACACAAUCUUUCACUUUUAGGUGGCGUGGUUGAUGGCAAGGAUUUUGAUUAUCUACAUGAUAUGAUUGUUACUCAGGAAUUGGUUCGGGCUAAUGCUCGAGGGUUCCAAGAUGGCAACAUGGCAGGUAUGGCUAUCAGUCUUACGGCGGUACAGCAGUGGCUGCGAGAUCCUGUUCUCAAGGAGCGAGUGACUGCCGAGGUCUUAUCUGGACAGAAGAAAUCGUGCUUAGCCAUCACUGAGGCCUUUGCGGGCAGUGAUGUCGCAGGACUUAAGACUACGGCCCAGAAAACACCGGAUGGGAAAUACUACAUUGUCAAUGGAACCAAAAAAUGGAUUACGAACGGGAUGUUUGCCGACUACUUUGUGACAGGGUGUAAAACCGAGAAAGGCUUUACGGUUCUUUUGAUUCCUCGUGGUGAGGGCGUUGAGACCAAGCAGAUUAAGACAUCCUACUCCACAGCUGCCGCAACUGCCUUUGUCCAAUUUGAGAAUGUGAAGGUUCCCGUUGGCAACUUACUUGGCGAAGAAAACAAAGGCUUCAUCGUGAUCAUGAGCAACUUCAACCACGAGCGAUUCAUGAUGGUCGCCGCAGUAGUGCGAAUGUCGAUGACCAUUGUAGAGGAGUGCUUGAAAUGGUGCAACCAGCGCAUUGUUUUCAAUAAAAGGCUGGUUGAACAGCCAGUCAUUCGUCAGAAACUUGCUCGGAUGAUAUCUCUCUCUGAAUCCAACCAGGCCUGGCUCGAAUCCAUUGCAUACCAGAUGUGCAAUAUGAGCUAUGCUGAGCAAUCAGCACACUUGGGUGGGCCAAUCGGUCUCCUCAAGUCUCAUGCGACACGGGCUGCACAGGAGAUUGCCGACCAUGCCACAAAUAUCUUUGGCGGCCGUGGCCUAACACAAAGUGGUAUGGGCAAAGUCGUGGAGAUGUUCCAUCGCACGUACAAAUUUGAUGCUAUUCUGGGCGGGACCGAGGAGAUUUUGGCAGACUUGGGCGUGCGUCAAGCGAUGAAGAAUUUCCCCAAAGCGAUGCUCUAG